UACAUGUUAUAUUACUGUUCAUAUAUUCUCAAAUAUACGAAGUUCUAAAUAUAGAUCCUUGCAACAACUACAUAUCUGUAAAUGAUACAUCAAUGACAGUGGCUUACACAGCAAGUGAUCGUAAUAAUGUAACUUGCCAGACCCUUGCACCGUUCAGAUGGUACAGGUAUACUGGGACUGACGAGGGAUAUCUGACCAACGCUUGUCCAGAAGACUUCCAGUGUGGAAGCUAUUCACAAAUUUGGCUUAAUGAUAGUCUACCAGAUGUAAAUGAAGGUGAAACAUUAAAAAGUGUGUGUAUUCGCAAAAAGAAUUCGUGUUGUGCUGCUAAAACGACCAUAAGAGCAAAAAACUGUACAGAUUUUGUUAUAUAUUUUAUUAUUCCAGUUCCAGACUGCGCAAAUUAUUGCUAUGAGGCACCAAAGGAAGAUCCGGCUUUGUCAUCAAACAAAGAUCCUAUUUGUGAUGGCGAUGUUGAAAGUUUCCCUGCCUUGGUUUGGAUUAUCAUAAUUUCACUUGGUUUAUUACUUUUAUUAAUGGGACUCCUUGUGUUCGUUAGAGGCCGCUUGAAAAGGAAGAACAGACUGCAAACAGAAGAAGGGAAUGAAAUUAAGAAUCUUCCACCACUAUAUGAUCGUGAUCCACAAAUAAAACGCACAAGAUUUAACAGAAACAUGUUGAACAAUACAAGAAUUUAAUGACAUGAAUUGGGCUAGGAGUUAAUAAUUUUCCAAGUUCCAACAUUUUCCAAUUUCAGACUUCGUUUCAUCAAAAAAAAAAGUGUGAACAUUUUCUUGUCUAUCAAAUGUUUGUUGAAAAUGUACAUGUAACUCCCGUAUACUGUACUUUUCAUCUAAACAUUCCACUAUAAGAUGCUAUAUAACGCUUCACUUAAAUCUUCAAAGCUUUGUAUUUUUCACAUUAUCAUUUCAAGUAUAUCACACACCUAUACAUUUUUAGAAAUAUCUUUAAUACCUCAAAACAGAUAGA